AAACUAUAUCUUAGUUAACACUUUAUUUUACAGGUCUGUCAUUGCCUAAUCAUUUUUGUUACUUGGUACUAAUUUUGAAAUGGAGACAAAGUUCAGAGACAGUUAGUUUAGUUGGUUGUGUGCUUAUUUCCAGAGGGAUUUCUUUGAAAGAACUACUCCAUUUAACCCCAGUCUUGGUUACACUAACAUAGCAUUUAAUUAGAAUACACUAUUUGGUCAUUAACCAGUUGAAAACAUUCUGGAUAUUGCCCAUAAUAGGUGCCAACACCUUUCUCGGAUAUCAAUUGAAAAUGAUUAGACUUUACGAACUUGUAACAUAAGGGUUUACCAAAGUUUUUCAAAUGGAUAUCUGUUCACUCUGAGAUUUAAAAUAAGAACAGUAAUUCAGAUAAACUUUGUGCUGCAAAUGUUCAACAUGAAAGCUGUGAAUACAAGACAGCUCUGUUUCUAAAGGUGCUCUAUGUCCUUACAUGUCUCUAAAUGAUAAACUGUCAUAAAAUGUCAUUAUAAAAACCUGUGGACUAAGUCAGUUCCCUUAUUUAUGACAGGCUUUAUAAAAGGCUUUUUUUCUAUGCUGGACUGGAUUUCAUAUUCACUUCCCUUCCUGCGAAAAGGAAACAGAGCCCUGAAUGCCUAUUUCUUUUUUUCACGUUGAGCUAUGUGCAACUGAAACAGACACUGGGGACUAUCAACAGAGCUGAGAUGAAUGUAAACCUGAAGGAUGCAGGACACUUAAUCUCACGCUCCUAAUGACCAUAUAAAGCUAGACUUGUCUUGACUGAUCUCAAACACGGUAGAGUUGCCAAAAAUGCAUUUGCACACAUACACAACAACUUGUAGGGCUCACUCGUACGCAGUCAAACUCUCCCUAAAGUGGUCACACACAAUGUGUGAGUUUAAUUGCUUGUUUCUGGAGAAAAAUCCCCCUUCUCCUGACUGUUUUGUCUGCACAGGAAACAUUAACCUCUUCCUGUAUUAGCUGGUCACUCUUACAAGCUUCUCUCUGACUCGUUUUGCCCCAGCAAGCCUGCUGUUAGUCAUCAGUGUCAGAGGCUGAGGUUGAAGGAAAGGCCAAUGAGACUGUCAACGAGAGGCUCCUUCUGCAGAAAUCAUGGAGAAAUACUUUUUAAGUGAACACAUGUUACCAAUGAUGAUGUUUGAGGGUUGGUUUGUGUGUUUUUUAUAGUAAUAAAGUUGUUGUUUUUUCAUCCCACCAGUGUUGUCAUAGCCUUGCACAUCAGUUAGCCACACAGGAGAGUGGAGGAGAGGGUCCCUGCCCCCACAGCACUUUACAAACCUCUACCUAACAAGAACAAUCUGUGUGCAGGCCAGAGAGCUCAGACACUCUCUGGGAAGCUGAAGGGGGAGGAGAACACUGGAGAGGCAGAAGGAGGGAUUUGUCCUCAUGGUUAAGGGCAUCUUUUUUUGCACUAUUCAGACAAACCUCCAGCCUGAAAUCUGAAACUGCAGAAGUAGCGUGGCUCGCCAAGCAUUUGUUACUCUCUGCUGUGCUCUUUCUCUCGCAGUUCACUUUUUCCAGACUGGUUUCACGUAUCCUCCAUCAGAGGCGAUUCCAACAGAGACACUUCUUGUGCUGCAGUGGAUGAUCCUGAGGGGAAACCAUGCUCCCAAUGGCCCUUCGUCUAAUUGGUCUGUGUGUGGUCUUCUGCAUCAGCAGCAGCUUGGCCACACCACUACCUUUUUACAGUUCUCUAGAAGGAAGUACAGAUGAGGAAGAACUCAGUAACUUUACUUCCUCUCUGCCCACCAGCAACCUUUCCUCUGAGUACCAAACCACACCUGUUGGCCCCACCCAUGUGGAAACGGACUUUCUGAAUCAAGUUGUGGACUUUCUGGAGGAGAACAUGCUCCUUAUCCUUGUUGCAGGCUCUUUCAUCCUUCUGCUCUUCCUUAUUAUCUGUGGGUCAAUUAUCAUGAGCCGCAGGCGCAAAGUCAAUGCCUACUACCCUUCCUCUUACCCCUCAAAAAUGUACGUAGACCACAGGGACAAAAAUGGAGGUGCUAAACUCUUUAAUGAAGUGCCAGAAAAACAUGCUCCCGAGCAGGAAAGUGAGCCAGUGGACUCUCACAAGCAGCUCCAGGCAGACAUUAUGAGGGCUACCAAGAGGCUGCGCACACCAAAUAAAUGUGUUGAUGCUGCAGAGGGAGGUGACCCCAGUCAGAAAGUAGCAGACCACAGUCCUGAGGACAGCUCUCAACCAGAUGGCAGAAUCCUGGACCAGCAGCUACCAAGUCUCCCUGAGGAAAAGGAGCUGUGUGAGUUUUCUGAAAGUGAAGAAGCAGCAGGAAGCCCUGAGCUAAAUCCUCCAGAGCAGCUUCAUCCAGAGGAAGCAAAUUUACAGGAGCCUUUAACUGGCAGGAGUCUCAGGCCCUCCUCUCUGCACAUUCACAAUGACUCUGCUACACUUCAGCUGAUUGCAGGAGAUAAAACUGCCUUCUAAUCUAUUCUGAACACUGACCUGAAUGUAUUUCUUUUAACACUUUGAAUCCAUGAGUGGCAAUUUGUCCAGUAGGCUUACAAGAAUGUCUACAUGUGUAUCAAGGGAAAAGAAAGGUUGCUAAAUUCCAAUCAGUGUUGUUUUUUUUGUAAUAUUGUAGCAGCCUGUUGCUUUGCUCUGACUGGAUAUAUAUUCCAUGCCAUAUUAUAAACAUCUUUCAUAGAGUAACAUCAUUAACUUCUGGUACAAAACUGAUUUCUUUUUAUGGGGUGCUUUGUGUUGUUUAAGGACAUCUUGCUCAGUGUUUAAUUCCUAAAACAAUUAUCCCAAAUACUUUGUCCUGCUGUGCAAAACGCUAAGUAUUGACAAUGUUUUACAGAUAAGUAUUUGCAUGUUUAAGAUUAGUCAAUAAUAGAAAACCAAUGCCUGAGAAUAGUUUUGGUUUCAGGAUACUUUUAUUGCAGACUGUCAAGUAAGCAUUACUAAAUAAUCAUAAAUUACACUUAAAACCAAUGGACCCUUUCAUUGUUUCAAGCCACUUUGCUUAAUUGCAUAUCAAAGGUCAGUGCUUAGGGUGUAGAUAGACUACAGCUCUUAGCUUUAAUUAUUAUCACCAUCACACCUUCUUUCAAACUAAACACUCCCCAAGCACAAAAUCUUCAAAUUGAACACAAUCUCUAAAAAUAAGCCUCUUUUUGUACCAACAGUGCUUCCAUUGUGCGUUUAU